CUGUUCACGAAGCUGCUGAGACAAACUUUUACUAAGGAAUAGAGAGAAGUGUUAAGCAUCUUACAUGUGUGCUUCUCUUAAACGAUUCUAAACAGUCUUUUAAUGAACAGAGUAGAAUAAUCACGGCUGAUAGUAAGACAUGCAAACGUAGAAGAAAACCCAAACUGGACUCAAGAACAGCUGUUACUUCCUGUCCAGCUGCUUCAUGAGAACAAGGAUAGAAUUCAGAGUAGAGAUAACCUCCAAAACCAAAGUCACACCUUUAUAAAUCUCAAGUGUUUCUAAAACGUUUCUGUUCCGAGGCAGAUUUCCAGCAGCAGCUGUUUUAGGAGAGUCACUGCUCCUGACCUUUCACAGAUUCAGGAGCCAGUUUCAGAGCCGAAACACUCUUAGAGCAAACAUUUACUAUUGACACGCACAUUAUUCUUAAGAUUUUCUCCUAAAACAGCGAGUUAUGAGCUACUUUAAGAUGUUUUGUGAAUACGGGCCCUGAACUCUAUCGCCUGAACAGCUUGUCUUUCAUAGUUUUGAAGGGAGGAGUCGCUUGGAGCCCAACAGAGCGUUCACUGAGCCGCUCUCUGCACUACCCAUGAUGCCUAACGACGGAGCCGCUGCACACAGAGGGCCCCUUCAGGGUCCUGCCGGUAAUAUGCAAACAUGCUGGACAGGGUAAACAUUUCAGUGCAGCUUGCAUUUAUGAGCUGAAUCUGAACAUUACCUGCGUGACUGAUCAACAACAAUGCACUCUUGCUGGAAUUGUUGAUAAGGUCAAAAAAGACUGAAUCCUGAACCAAAGCAAUGGAUCAAAUCACAUCAUCUUUUUACUAAAACAGUGUCUUCAGUUGCACAAAUCUGCAUUGUUUGACCAGAACUGUGUGUCUUUACGGUCAGUCAUGCAGAGGCGAUGGUUUCUGGGAAAGCGUGUGAUUGCUGCGCUGCUCUUCUGCUUCGUUCUGCUCCUGUAUCGUCAGGCCUGCAGGUCUCAAAGCCAAACCCGGUCCAGAAGUCCAGCAGGGGAAGAUGCAUUCGAGGCUCUACUGCAGCAGCAUGAGCGGCGCUAUCUCCAGCACAGCAGGAACCUCACCAGACGGAUCUCACAGCUGAAAGCAGAGCUGCAGAGAUCCGCGGUGGAGCUCGAGGAACAGAACCAGUCAGAGCUGGAGGAGUUCCUGCAGAAGCAGCUCCGACGGGCCGAGAUCUUCACCGGAGAACGGCUGCCCAAUGAGUUUGCGGUGCUGCCGUUUGAGACCUUCACCCUCCGCCAGGUCUAUCAGCUGGAGAGCGGACUGGCGAGACUCCCGGUGGAAAGUCUGAUUGGUCAGGAGCGCAGGAACGAGCUGAACGGAGCGCUCGAAGCAGCGCUGCAUCUGCUGAACGCACCUCAGCUCAGAGACUCACAGCAGCGCAGGGUUUACUCUCCUCAACAUUUCUAUGAAGGAAUCUUUCGCACAGAGAGGGACAAAGGAACGUUAUACGAUCUCACGUUCAGAGAAAACAGCGUUCCAGACUUCAGGAGGCUGGUGUUCUUCCGUCCUUUCGCUCCGCUGAUGAAGGUGAAGGAGGAACUGAUGGACGCAUCUCAGAUCCUCAUCAAUAUAAUAGUUCCUCUGGCCGACACAGUGGACGCAUUCAGACAAUUCAUGCAACAUUUCAGUGACGCUUGCAUUCGUCAGGAUGGACGGACGCAUCUCACCGUGGUGCUUUUUGGGUCAGAAAAGAUGCAUGAAGUGAAAGGAAUUGUGGAUGGAAUGUCAAGGAGAAUGAAAUACAGGAACGUGACUCUGAUCCGUCUGAACGAAGCCUUCUCCAGAGGACGAGGCCUGGAUGUCGGCGCUCGAGCCUGGAAGCGAAGCAACGUCCUCCUGUUUUUCUGUGAUGUGAACAUUCGGUUUAGUGCAGAGUUCCUGAACUCCUGCCGUAUGAACACAGAACCAGGUCAAAAGGUGUUUUAUCCAGUGAUGUUCAGCCUGUAUAAUCCAGAGGUCAUCUAUGGUCAACAUAUUCCUUCUGCUGAAGAUCAGCUGGUGAUCAGGAAAGAUUUUGGCUUCUGGAAGGAUUUUGACUUUGGGACGACGUGCCAGUACCGAUCAGACUUCAUCAACACAGGUGGAUUUGUGAAAGGCGGAGCUACAGAAGAUGUUCAUCUCUACAGGAAGUUCCUCCACAGCAGUCUGAUGGUGGUUCGCGCUCCGUCACGUGACCUGUUUCACGUGUGGCAUCCGACCGUCUGUCACGCGCAUUUAUCCACCGAGAUGUUUAAACUGUGUUUGCAGGAUAAAGCGCUGAACCAGGCGUCUCACAGUCAGCUGGGACAAAUCAUCUUCCACCAGCAGAUCAACAAUCAUCUGCACAAAUACAAGCAACACAAUAUCAAGUCAUGAGGAACAGAUCUGACAGUUGUUCAAAGACAAUGAUGAAAUAUGAACUUAUACUGAGAUAUAAAUCACUUAUUGUGUUUGAGCUGAUGGAAAUUCAAUUUGUUUCAUAAUUAAUGUUUUAAAUAUCUCACUAGAAUGAAACCAAAUGACAUUUAAAUCUGUUAAUCGAACAAAAUCAACCGAUAUUUAAAUCCGUUAAUCGAACAAAAUCGACUGAUUUUUAAAUCUGUUAAUUGAACAAAACAGACCAAAAUUGAAAUCUGUUAUUCAAAUAAAAUCGUCCGAUAUUUAAAUCCGUUAAUCGAACAAAAUCAACUGAUUUUUAAUCUGUUAAUUGAACAAAACCGACCAAAAUUGAAAUCUGUUAUUCGAACAAAUUGACCAAUGUUGAAAUCCGUUAAUCGAACAAAAUAGACCGAUUUUUAAAUCUGUUAAUCAAACAAAACCGACCAAAAUUAAAAUCUGUUAUUCGAACAAAAUCGACCGAUAUUUAAAUCCAUUAAUCGAACAAAAUCGACUGAUAUUUAAAUCUAUUAAUCGAACAUAAUCGACCAACAUUUAAAUCUGUUAAUUGAACAAAAUCAACCGAUAUUUAAAUCCAUUAAUCGAACAAAACUGACCAAAAUUGAAAUCUGUUAAUCGAACAAAAUCAACCGAUUUUUAAGUCUGUUAAUCGAACAAGACUGACCAACAUUUAAAUCUGUUAAUCGAACAAAAUCGACCGAUAUUUAAAUCUGUUAAUUGAACAAAAUUGACUGAUUUUUAAAUCUGUUAAUCGAACAAAAUCGACUGAUAUUUAAAUCUGUUAAUUGAACAAAAUUGACUGAUUUUUAAAUCUGUUAAUCGAACAAAAUCGACCGAUAUUUAAAUCUGUUAAUCGAACAUAAUCGACCAACAUUUAAAUCUGUUAAUCGAACAAAAUCGACCGAUAUUUAAAUCUGUUAAUUGAACAAA